AUGGGAAGCCCGUGGGAAGCUCUGCCCAUUCGGAGUUCACUACCAGGAGCCAUCACGGCGCUGACCUGCCCUAGUGGGAAGGGGGAGAAGAAGGACAAGAAGAAGGACAAGAAGAAGGACAAGAAGAAGGACAAGAAGAAGGACAAGAAGAAGGACAAGAAGAAGGACAAGAAGAAGGACAAGAAGAAGGACAAGAAGAAGGACAAGAAGAAGGACAAGAAGAAGGACAAGAAGAAGGACAAGAAGAAGGACAAGAAGAAGGACAAGAAGAAGGACAAGAAGAAGGACAAGAAGAAGGACAAGAAGGACGACGAGCUUGGGACAGGAGAAGCUCAGGAUGAAGAAGGGGACACUGGGGCGUGGUGUCGAAACCUUCAACGCUGA